AUGAAUUUGUCAACGGAUUAACGGUACUCAACGCAAGUCCGUUAUUUCGUUUUGGCUCUUCCGCGGACACGCACCCUUUUACUAGUUUUACUGCCCGGCAUUCGUUCCACGCUCUACAGACCGCUUCCACGUUUUUCCUGCGCUGCAAGUCCGAACGACCGAUUUUAUUUUCCGUUUGUUUGCGUUGCACCUAGACUCGAUUUAUAAUGUCUGACGGUGGUUGGGAUGAUGAAUCGGGUUCUUCGAACCAGAGAGGCCGCGGCCGUGGUGGAAAUCGUGGAGGAGGUCGUGGCAGAGGGAGCUACAAUAAUAGAAACAAUGAUGACUUUGACUCAGCUUCACAAGGUGAUAGUUGGGGAAAUGGAGGUGGUGGUGCUAGUGAAUGGGGCAAUAAUGAUGAUGGAGACCGCGAUGGUGGAUCCCGCGGCCGUGGUGGUCGAGGUGGCAGAGGAAGAGGAGGCAGAGGUGGAGGCCGAAAUAUGGAUAGAAGUAAUGGUGAUGAAGAUGGUGGUGACGGAAAUGAUGGAAAUUUUGGCGGUGAUGAUGGAGAAGCACCAAUCAAUGAUAAACCAAGACCAACAUAUAUACCUCCAGAAAUUGAUGAAAAUGAUGUUUAUGGAAUUGGAGUUGGAAGCAAUUUCAACAAAUAUGAAAAUAUCGAAGUCAAAGUUAGUGGUGAUAACGUCCCAAAACAUAUUGAAUCCUUUAAGAGUUCAGGUUUGCGUGAAGUAUUGAUAGAAAAGUUGGUCAAAUGCAAUUACACCACACCUACUCCGAUUCAAAAGUAUUGUAUUCCUGUUAUUAUUAGUGGACGAGAUAUGAUGGCUACUGCCCAAACUGGUUCUGGUAAAACUGCUGCAUUUGUUUUGCCAAUUGUGCAUACUUUACUUUCUCAACCACAAGAUUUAGUUUUUGAUCGGGAUUACUGUGAACCUCAAUGUAUCAUUAUGUCACCAACUCGAGAAUUAGCUAUUCAAAUUCGUGAUGUUGUAUUUAAAUUGACAAAUGGUACUUGUGUAAAACAAUCAAUUCUCUAUGGCGGCACUGCAACAGGACAUCAAAGGGGGACACUAGCUAAUGGUAUUCAUAUAUUAGUAGCUACACCUGGGCGUUUAAAUGAUUUUGUGGGUCGAGGAUACGUAUCAUUUAAAUCUUUGAGGUUCUUUGUGUUGGACGAAGCAGAUAGAAUGUUAGAUAUGGGUUUCAAGCCGGAUAUUGAGAAAAUAUUGAACCACGAAACAAUGGUCGAUGUUAAUACCAGACAAACACUUCUAUUUUCUGCCACGUUAGCAGAUGAUAUUCAAAUGUUAUCAAAAGCCUAUUUAAAGCCAAACUAUGUAUUUGUCGCUGUUGGUGAAAUUGGAGGAGCAUGCAAAGAUGUUAAACAAGAAAUUAGAGAGGUCACCAAGUUUGAAAAAAAGAAAGAACUAAUAAAAGUUUUAGAUUCAUUAGGUGAUUGUAAAGGAACCAUGGUUUUUGUGGAACAGAAAAGAAAUGCUGAUUUUAUUGCUGCGUUCUUAAGUGAAAAAGACUAUCCUACGACUAGUAUUCAUGGUGAUCGUGAACAACCAGAGAGAGAACAAGCAUUAAGAGAUUUUAAGAAUAAUAGAAUGAAAAUUUUGGUUGCCACUGCAGUUGCUGCUAGAGGCCUGGAUAUUAAAGGUGUUAAUUGCGUCAUUAAUUUUGAUAUGCCUAGCUCUAUUGAUGAGUAUGUCCAUAGAAUAGGCCGAACGGGAAGACUGGGUAAUUCUGGUAGAGCAGUUUCGUUUUAUGAUAGCACUAGUGAUAGUAACUUGUCAUCGGAACUUGUUAGGAUUCUAAAACAGGCUGAACAAGAAGUACCGUCAUUUUUGGAUGGUGCAGGUGGCGAUUUCUAUGGUGGAAGUAGCAAUGAAUGCAGUGAUGUAAGAGUGACUACGCAAGCUGCUGACGAUGAUGGAUGGUGAAUCAGUUGGUACAUUGGAUUAUUAUUUAUUUAAAUGACCUAAACAUGGACUGAUUAAAUUAGGUUUGACUAUUUUAAGGUCCAUAGUUAUUAAAUUUUUGUACAACUUAAAAUUGGUUUUAUUAUUAUUUAUGUUAUGCUCUUAUCAUGUUGUAUACAUAUUACUUUUGUUUAUUAUGUUGAAAUGUUAAGAUUAAUAAUUAACUUUAUCUUUAUUUUGAAAUACAUAACAGUUAUAAUAAUAUUAACA